AUGAAGGUCUUGGCUGUCCUUGGAGGCUGGGCUUGGGCAGCCCUCUGCCUGGGUUCCUGCUCAGCUGCAUUUUCCCAUGGUGCCGGCUCAGGGGCCUGUGAGGACCUGCAGCCCAAACACAUUCAAGCCCAGCCUCAGGACCCACGGACCCACCACGUCACCAUUCACACCGGUAGAUCUUCCUACUCACCGGGUGACACGGUUCCAGUGACUGUGAGGAGCAGUCGAGAUUUCAUGGGAUUUCUACUUCAAGCUCGAAGAGUGUUGGAUCACCAAAUAGCUGGCACUUUUGUUUUCAUGCCUCCUCAUUCCAAAGCAAUGGCUUGUUCUCAAGAGGCUGACACAGUCACCCACUCUGACAAGUCCCGGAAGAGAAACCUGUCCUUCGAGUGGAAGGCCCCUGCCUAGCCUGUGGGGGACAUCACAUUCCUUCUUUCAGUUGUCCAGUCAUAUUUCGUUUACUGGGAGAGGAUCGAAUCAUCUGCUGUGUCUCAACAGAUACACCUCGGAGCCCACACUGACCGUCGCGAGCAGCCCAGCUCACCCAUGCCAAGCUCUGGCCGGAGUCGGGAGGCAACUGAGAGCUCCACGCCAGCUCCCAGACCCCCCAGCGCUCUUCCUCAGCAAAAUGCAAACAUCUUUGCCGUUGCUCCAACUGGAGCUGCAGAGGAUAACAGCUUAGAUCCCUUUCCUGCAAGUUUUUGGGUGACAGAGUUUCCUGGGGGUGUGGAGACUCUGUUCCAGUCAUCUUCACACACAGCUACUGCUGUCAGUAAUGGCCAGCAACCCAGAGGGGACAUCAACAGAAUCCUUGAGCCAUCCCUGGAUAUCCAUGGGCUGGAGAGACUCAUGGCUCUCAGGAGAGUCUUCUCAGAUGCUUCCAGCCCUAGCACGUACCUCAGGACUCAGGAUGAUCCAAGCUUUGAUUCAUUGGAAACUUGCCUACCCUCAUAUAGGGAUGAACAGGACAAAAUGGAGUCCUCUAAUAGGACCGUGAUGAGGCCCCCUCUGUCUACUGCCCAUUUUACCUAUCCUCAGCACCUCUGGUUGUCUGAAGCACUUACUGACAAUGGGGCUGGGGCAGCCACCCCAACCCCUGUCUUCCCCCCAUCUGCCACUUCCAGGUCACCUGCUGCUGGAACCCAGUUAGAAACAUGGAGGCCUUCUCUCAGCUUCUUAACUCAGCCAAAGCGCAAGGAGCCCAGAGUAGGGGAGGAACAUGGUGGGGACAGAGUGGGAUACCCCAGGAAGACCAACCCAAGGCCUGAGGUUGGGCAAGAAGGAGCCAGUGCCCCUUCAGGGAUCCAGCUCAAGACUUCCCAGCUGGGAAUCCUGCUUUGCCUUUCCGCCACCUUGGGCAUGGCCCUGGCUGCUGGCCUCCGCUGCCUACACGACCAGUAUUGCCACAAACGGACAGAAGUGUCCUUCAGUGAGCCUGCGGGGGAUGCUGUUGCCAGGAGCGACGGUGGUGAGACAGUGCAUGUCAGGAAGAUCAGGGAGAACAGUUUUGUUUUGGUUGAAGCGGACUACAACUGGACCGCGUCCUCUGUGGGUAGCGAGAAAACAGUGCUCUGA